AUGCACGACCGGCCUCCGUCGGACGGCUCUCCGGCCUCUCCGGCCGCUGCCGCCCGCGCUGCUGCCGAUCCGGUCCCCUUCACGCUCCGCACAAGCAACGACAACUUUGAGGUCGCCGGCUUUGGCCAGGCGCUCUCAUCAGCAAGUCACCCAGGCACCAACUCCUGGGCGUUUACGCUUGACUACGAAACCAUGCAGUGGAUGCAGCUCGAUCAAAACGGCGACGCCAACAGCUGGUCCCUGGGCGAGUUCCUCGCCCAGGAUGAGGUGCGAGUCAUGAUGCUCGACCCAGCGUGCACCAAGUCGCUCACAUUCCGUGAGCACGGAGCCAACGGAGCCAUCGCGCACGCCCGCAGCAUCGCGUGCGGCUCCGAGGGCACGAUUGCGAUCGGGACGGAGAGCGGCCACAUCAAGCUGUUCGGCCGGCGCGGCUCCGAGCUUCUGCUCCCCGCCAUCUCGCCUGCCCCCGUGCGGCAUCUCGCCUUCAUCACCAACCGCGGCCUCCUCCUCGCGGUGCACGAGCGGGCCGUCCUCCGGCUCUGGUCGCUGCGAGGGGCGCGCCCGACGCUCGCCGCCACACCGGUGCUCCCGGCGGUAGAUUCGCUCGAGGUGAGCGUCGCCACCCUCGUGCCUCGAUCCUCCAUCGUGCUGCUCGGAACGUCGGACGGGCGCGUCUUUGCUUGCGAUGGAGCCGGCGGGAGGACGUCGGGGCCGCACGCAGGGCUGCGCGGCGAGGCGGUGCGCCGGGCGCGCAGGGAGGAGGACUCUGCGCCCUAG